GUGAAUGAUUGUCAAUUUUGCGGAAAAAUUUUACACGCUAUACGUUUAUCAAGUUUAUUGCUGUGUAAAAUUACUUCUGUACUGCAAUUGAAAUUGAAGAAUAGUCAAUAAAGUGUUUUAAAGAAUUUGAGAAGUGUUUAAAAUCGUUGAACAAUAAUUAUAUUGUAAUAUAUUCGCGAGAUAGUGGUUUAAAUUUGCAUUGAAUUAUCUAUCGUCAUCAAGGCCAAAGUGUACGGCAAGCGUAAUCACUUUCCCCGCUUAACGCUUUGUGUGUACAUGCAAAUUAUUGUACAUUCCGUAUAGUGUGGGUGCAAAAUGGAUGAAGAACUAAUAUUGCAACAGCCGGCAGAUCGCCGACUGGGCACUGCAAAUACGUUACCACCUGGUCCGCCAGGUGCAGAAAAUGAUGUUGUAGAUUAUGAAGCUAAAAAGCCAAAAUCUGAUAAAGAAUCAAAUAGAAGUUCCACAAGCCGUUCAAGUCGGCGCCGUUCACCGUCAGGCAGCCCACCGCGAUCGAGACGUAAAUCUCCUUCGCGUGGUCGGCGAUCACCAUCACCAUUAGAAAGUGGUAGCCGUAGGCGGCGACGUUCGCCAUCACCACCGCCACGUCGCAAUCGGUUUAGAGACUAUUCGCCAGAUCGACGACGUUUUGAUGGCGGUGGACGUAAUAUGCGCCGUUCACCUGAUAGAUCACGAGGUGGCGGUGGUCGCGACUUUCGCUAUAGAGGUCGUAGUAAUAGCCGCUCACGUAGUCGCAGUGUUUCGCCACGCAGGAGAGGUGGCAGUCGUUGGUCACCUAAAAAGAAGCCAAGUUCACCACUACCAAUUAAUGCACCACCACCACCACAAGUAACUCAGCCACAAACCCAAUACAAUACUAUGCCCCCACAAUUAUAUACGAAUGACACGUAUGCACCACAAGCUUAUAAUCAAUAUGCCGUACCGCCACCGCAACAAGCAGCUGGAUUUCCACCACAAACUGCGGCUGAUGCUUACGGUAUGCAGGCACCAGCACCGCCGGUGUUUAACGCUGCCUAUCCACCACCACCAGUUUGGACAGCCAAUGAAGCUUAUGCGCAGCAGCCUUGGAUACCUACACCAGAUCCAAGUCAACUACCACAAAUUGCUCAACAGCCACCACCAGUAGCUGCACCAACAGCUAUACCACCACCACAAAUUGUGCAGCAGCCAAUAGUAAACGAACCCCCACCAGUUGCAAUUGAAUCAAGUUCAAAACACGAUGCAGCUGUCGCACAAGAAGCAGAAAAUCAACGCGAUGAAUUAAAACGACAACGAAGCAGUUAUCUGAAAAAGACAUCAUUGCUCCGCCAAGAAUUGAAAAUGUUAAAGGAUCAACGCAAGGAUCUACACAGCGGUGGUGCUGCACCACCAUCGCCUACCACAAAGGGAUUCAUCGAUGAAAACGAAAAGCUACAGAAUCAAAUACAAAAGAAACUCAACACCAUUGAGAAUGUCAUUGACAUGCUGACGGGCAUUAUUGGCGAGGAGAAUUUGGAAAGAGAAGAAGAAAAUUACGCCAGCGAUAAGAGCGAAAAGGAGGAGCCAGCUAAGAAGCAUACAAAAGAAGCAACUUUGCCGCAACAGCCAGUUAGCGCUGGUGGCGAAAGCGGACGCAUUCGCAAGAAGAAACGUAAAAAUUCGAGUACUUCGUCUGGCAGCAGCUCGGGUAGCUCCAGCAGCAGUAGCAGCUCCUCAUCGAGCUCAUCAUCAUCCGAAAACGAGGUGGAGGAGGAGGACGACGACAGUUCGCCUGAGCGUUUGAAGAAUAAAGCCAUCGAAUCAAUGAAAGCCAAAGCCAAGGAGGGUGUGAAACGCGAGCUGAAGGAAGAGAAGUUAUUCGAUGAGAAGAAACGUUUCAAUUAUGUCUUCUAUGAUCCGGAAAUGCAUUGGUGCCAGACAUGUGAUGUUUUUCCCAAAACCGCAAAAGAUUUCUUAAACCACUUGCAUUCCAACGAGCAUAUGGAUCGUGAAAGCAUCGAAACACCGUGGCACAUUGAUGUGGCAAAUGAUCAAUUUCCAAACUAUGAGAAUGCCCCAACAAAACGUACCCCGAUACGUGGUCUAACAUUCUUCGUACCAGCUUCGGCAUGGUUCUGCAAAUUAUGCAACAAUUGGAUGGGCGAUUUGCAUUGCGCCUCAACACAUUUGAAAUCACAACUACAUGCAAGCAAAUACAAUGCCUUCUUGGAGAAAAAUCCACACUUUGAAGUCAAUUGGUUGGCAGAUCGUCAGCGUGUGCUAAAUGAGCGUAAGAAUUUGCCGCCACCACAGCAAAUUACAUCCGUCUCCACCACUGCGGCGGAGAGUACACCCAGUAAAAAAUCGAAGAAGGAAGAGAAAGUGAAGAAGCGCAAGAAGAAGGGUUCGGACAAGAAGGAUAAGAAGAAGAAACGCAAGCGCUCAAAGAAACGCAAGAAGAAUGCUGCAACAUCGACUUCCAGUGACUCAUCGUCUUCGGACAGUGAGAAACCCAACAAAACCAAGGUCAAGUCGCCAAUAGUCAUACAAGGCUUGGAUAAUCCCAAUCCUGCGCUUUCGAUACGUGUGGCCAUGCGUAAACAAGAUUUCGGUAAAGUCGAUGAAGACACACCACCGCCGGCGCCACGUUUGCGCAUCGACGCUGUACCACAUCCAGUGCCACCGCCCGCGGUGACCGUCGCGAAUAUCAGCACUGCCGCUAAGGUCGAUCAAGCGGCCUCAGUGACCAACACCGGCCGGUUGAGUAAAUGGACUGAGGCGCAAGAUAGCAGCGCCAAAGCAGCAGCAAACGUACCGCAACCACGCAUAGGUGCAGAGGAGGACAAAAAUGAUGAUGUGAUCUUACAGCAGUGGAAUAAUGUGCAGCCGGUCAUAAGCGAGAGCGAAAAGAAGCUACUGGAGCAGUUGAAGGGCAAGUUAAAGAAUAAACCACUUGAUAAUGCAACCACACCGGCCGGCGCGUCGAUACGCAACAACAAUGAUGGCCCCUCAGAUCGACGCGUUCGUGACCGCGACCGCGACCGUGAACGUGAGCGAGAUCGUGAUCGUGACCGUGACCGUGACCGCGAUCGCAGUGACAGAGAUCGUAAUGAUCGUAGACGGCGUUCGCGCAGUCCUGUCUUUGGCGGUGGCGGUGGACGUGGCCGCAUGCGUCGCACACGUAGUCGUACGCGCAGUCGCAGUCGCGGACGCGCCGCUUCGCCAUACGGGCGCAGAAGGCGCACACGUUCACGUUCGCGUGGACGCAGAAGCCGUUCAUUCGAUCGCCGACGCCGCUACAGCCGUUCACGCACUCGGUCGCGCACACGUUCGAGCAGUCGAAAUCGCAUUGAGAAGCCAAUUGUGCGGCAUCCCGAAUUUAGACCACGUGUGCCCGAAAAGGAUAAGGAGCGGGAGAAGCGUUCAACUACCGACACGAAGGAUAAAAAGAAUGCCGACAAGAAGAAUAAAAGCAGCAGCACUUCGUCAACUGCAACGAGCGGCAAGAAAUUACCUUUCAUCGGUAAAAUGCCUGUCUUCAAGAAACAAACCACCGGCCAAGCUGAUGGCAAUGGCGUCGAAAACGCGCUGGCAUACACCGGCGAUAAUAGUCAACUCGCCAAUCCGGCUGGUUAUGUGCCACAACGUCCGCCGGCGCCCACCGCCGCACAGAUCCAAAUGGCCAUGAUGGAGGACGUGUACGGCAAUGCGCCACCAUUCCAUCCUGAUGCCGGCAUGAUGAUGGACUACGACGAGUUGAUGCCCGAUCCGAUACAGUUUGUCAAUUUGAUGGGUCAAGCGCCGCCGCCACCACCACCACCGGCUGCCGCUGGUGGCGCAAAAUCCGCAGAUGGCACGGACGAGGAAGCCGAGGAUAUACUGCCACCGGGUAUUGAUGUGGCCGAGAGUGAUGACUGUGUGCCGCGUCCCAUUUCCGAUGGGCCUAUACCGCGUAAAGGUCCACUGCCGAAGGAUCUCGAAGAGGCGCUGAAUAUCAUAUUCCCCGGUGAAAAGAAAUCGGACGACGAGGAUGCCGAGGCUAAGAAAGCCAAGUCAACAGGUGAAACACAAAUAAUUGUGGACGAACCGAUUAUGCAACCAGAGGAUCUGGUUAAAGAAGGCAUACACAUGGUGACUAUAGAGGAAACGUCAAUUGCUGGCAUGGAUGAGGCAUCGCAAAUGAGCAUGAACGAACCGUUAGUGUUUAAUAAGCCCGCAAGUUCUUUGCCCAGCGAAGUGGUCACAACGAACGCCAACAUCGUAACGGCAAAUACACCACAAGAAGUUGAUAUUACGUCACAAGACGCGGCCGACAUUGAUUUGAACGCCAUACAACCGCCACCACCACCGGCAGCAGCACCACCACCACCUGCUCCAGUUCCAGCACCGGAACCACCAAGUGAGCCACCAACGACGCCGGCCGCUGCUCUUAAUGGCGCUGCAGUUGAGGAGACCAACAACGAUACCAAGAAUUCCACUGAAGAGCCGGAUUUGGCGCACGCACCUGCACCCGACGACAUACCGAUGCCCACGUCAAAGGCCACCGCCGAGGACGUUGCUAAUAUCGUUUACGACUUGGAUGAUAUACCACAGCCACCGCCGUCACCCACAGAGAGCGAGAAGAAUCGCCGGCAGGAGGAGUUGAACGACUUGGCCAUGUUAGGCAUCGAUGCGGACGAUAUGGCGGCACAGUGUAUAUAAACACUGAUGACCUGCAGCUUAAAAAUUAUUACAUGCGACUUGUACAGCAUUAUAGUCUGUAUUUAGUCCGACUACAAAUUACAUUUUAGUUCUGAUGACCUAAUGAAGUGAAAGCAUAAAUAUGCUUAAAUAUAUUUUUAAAAGAGCCGUGUGAAAUUGUCAGCGGCAUAAAGAUAAAAUUGUGAGAAAAUAAAGACGUGAAUGACUAGUA